AUGAAUAAACUCCUAGGCGUUGUUCUUUACUUUUUCGUCCUACACAAACAGUUAGAUGCAAAAAAUGGAAAUUUGCGAAGCAGUGAUGUGAAAAAUGAACAAGUUGAAAAAGGAAAAAAAAUUACGACUGGAUGGAUCCCUUAUUAUUUACCCCCCAAAGGGCAGACUAUACCAAUUGCUCCUUUCGAUGCUCUUCCAGAGAAAACUACUUUUAGAAAGUCAGCCGACAUGAGAAAGGAUGCGGAAGAGGAACAGGAAGGUGAAGAAAAUGCAAAUAGUUUAAUCCAAUCAGGUAAAACAAACGAUGCAGAUUUUCAGCUUAUGCUUCAAAUAGUUGAAGGUGCAGAUAACUCGACAGAUGUGCAGGUGGAGGGAGGGUUCUCCCCAGAUGAUCUUGUGGACACGGGAGUGCCGACUGGUGAGGUAGACAAUUUAGAGCAGGGAAAAGAAGCAUUGCUUGAAGAACUUGCGGGUCAUAUGGCUAAACAUACAAAUGGAUUAGUAGCAGAGUUGGUGGAAGAACCCGUGACUGCCCCCGCUGAUAAGGAAACAGGUGUUGCAGGUGAUAAAAGUGGAGAAGUGCCAGAGGGAGCAAAACCCCUGCCCGUGCAUGAAGGCGACGAAGUUUCAGUUGAAGAGAGCCAAGAAGGGACACCCUUGGUGGCAGAGCAGGCCGUAGAGGAGAUUGUGCCUAGCCAACCUGAAGAUGUUAGUGUACCUAACCAACCUGAAGAUGUUAGUGUACCUAACCAACCUGAAGAUGUUAGUGUGCCUAACCAACCUGAAGAUGUUAGUGUACCUAACCAACCUGAAGAUGUUAGUGUACCUAACCAACCUGAAGAUGUUAGUGUACCUAACCAACCUGAAGAUGUUAGUGUACCUAACCAACCUGAAGAUGUUAGUGUACCUAACCAACCUGAAGAUGUUAGUGUACCUAACCAACCUGAAGAUGUUAGUGUACCUAACCAACCUGAAGAUGUUAGUGUACCUAACCAACUUGAAGAUGUUAGUGUGACUGAGCCCGACGAAAGAAACAACAGCGAAGUCGACACCGCGGAAGAAACAAGCGAAGAAGAAAACUUUUAUCAUAUGGAAGAAGACGAUGAAGAUGAAGAUGAGGAUGAAAUGGGAGAUGAAGAAUUCGAAGAUGAUUACGAUAUCGUAAUGCACAAAAUAAAUGAUGAUCACGAACAAGGUACCCCUUCGAAUGAUGGCUCAAAACAUUUGACCAGAGCAGACAUAGUAGUUAUGCUUGCCGUGCGAAACAUGUUAAGUGCGUUAAAUGAUGACUACGGAAUUAUGGAUUUCCUCACCGGUUUUAACCCUAGUGUGAUUAGUCCUUUUUACAUUCUUUGA